CACGUGAAACUUCUCGCACACAUUCCCGAUUCGGUUCUACGAGGAUCAAAUCCGAAUUCCAAUAUAUGUGGCCGAACCGCCGAAGUCGAAUAAGAUGACCCGCUAGGAGCUAGUCGAUAAGUUUGUGAGGCUGUCAACAUCUAGCACCUACCAUAGCACGAGACGGGAGAUGUUCCAAAUGCAUAGUAAAGGAUGUGCAAGUAAGGCGCCAGAUUUGAGAGCAGAUCCGGUCUCCCAUAGCACCAUUUGCUUUGCGCUAAAAAAAAUCGAGGCCUUUGAUUUGAGCCCCGAUUUAUUGCUGUGGCCCCGUCAAGAUGUCAAUAAAUCAAGGGCUACAGGACAAGGUGGAGGCGUGGAGCGGCUGAAGCCACACCAAUAAAUCAAAGGCUCUGAUUUAUUAUGAGUCAAUGCCCAAGUCCUACAGCCUACAGGACAACUGGACAAUAAUUAUUUUCCCUCUUUCUGUUCUUUACGCCCCUCUCUUUCUCUCCACCGACAAGAUGUCGACGAAUCCCUCCGGGAGUGGAGCACACAUAUUAGUAUUUCCUUUUCCUGCGCAGGGUCACAUGCUACCGCUUUUGGAUCUCACCCACCAGUUGGCCAUUCGUAGCUUAACCAUCACCAUACUCGUCACACCCAACAACCUCCCCUUUCUACAUCCUCUUCUCUCCAAACACCCAUCCAUCCAAACCCUCGUCUUCCCUUUCCCCCAUCACCCAUCUCUUCCCCCCGGCGUCGAGAACGUCAAGGACAUCGGAAACCGCGGCAAUACUCACAUCAUAAGCGCCCUUUCUGCACUUUCCGAUCCCAUCACCCAGUGGUUCAACACUCACCCUUCCCCACCCGUAGCCAUCCUCUCUGAUUUCUUCCUCGGUUGGACCCAGCACCUCGCUUGUCGCCUGGGUGUACCCCGGAUUGCCUUCUACUCCUCCGGCGCAUUUUUAGCCUCCAUUCUCGACGUUCUCUGCCCGAAGCUCGGAACUAUAUAUCCCUCCUCAUCUCCCAUCUCCUUCCCCAGCCUCCCACAUUCCCCUUCCUUUCCUUACAACCACCUUCCCUCUAUAAUCCGUCUCUACAGGGAAUCGGAUCCCCACUGGCAGAUCGUCAAGGAUGGCAUGAUCGCAAAUUCCUCGAGCUGGGGUUGCAUUUUGAACACGUUCGAUGCGCUGGAGGGCGUACAUCUAGAUCACCUGAAGAAGGCAAUGGGUCACCACCGUGUUUGGGGUGUGGGCCCUCUGGUUAUGAUGGAGGGUGCUGGUGCUGGACCUGACGAACGAGGUGGGCCCAGUUCGGUGUCACUUGCUGAUGUGCUGGAAUGGCUCGACCGUUGCCCGAACGAGUCCGUGCUUUACGUUUGUUUUGGUAGUCAGGUGCUGCUGCCGAAACGACAGCUGGAGGUUUUGGGAGCCGGGUUAGAACGAAGUGGGGUCAGAUUUAUUUGGACCGUUAAGAUGACGAUGCCGGGGCAGGAAGCAGACGAUCGCGAGGUUAUCCUUAAGGAGAUCGAAGAUCGGGUGGCGGAGAGAGGUUUGAUUAUAAGGGGAUGGGCCCCACAAGUCCCAAUACUGAACCAUCGAGCCAUGGGCGGGUUCCUGACUCACUGCGGGUGGAACUCGGUGAUGGAAGGGAUUACGGCAGGGGUGCUGUUGCUAACCUGGCCGAGAGAAGCUGACCAGUUCGUGAAUGCCAAGUUGAUGGUUGAGGACAUGGGUGCGGCAGUGAGGGUGGUCCAUGAGGUGGGCAUUGAUGCCGUCCCUGACCCGGAUCGACUCGCUAAAAUCAUAUCCGAUUCAUUGAGCGUGAACCGGCCCGAGAGAGUCCGAGCUAGGGAGCUGUGCUCCGAGGCUUUUGCUGCAGUCAAGGAAGGUGGGAGCUCUUCAAGAGCGUUGGAUGGGUUAAUGGAGGAAUUACGUCAACUUCAGCGGAGGACUACAGGCCUCAGCUAGUGCUUCUGGUAUUAAUAUCAGAGAGGUAGAAGGAAUAAAUUAGUUAGGAAUUAUUUUGGGUGGUGAACGACAUGGUGUAUGAGUGAUCGUUUUCUGUUUUUUGCUGUAUGACCAUAUAUAUGGUCUUUGUCUAUCUAGAAAGGGAACCAGAUUGAUCGUUAUUUCAGAAGUGGUAAGCAUUAUACCACACUGGUAUAGUGGUAUAUUCAAUAAAAAUUCUCAGGCCGGCCCAACCCAUGAGAAAUUUUAUUGAAUGAAAGAUAAAAAUUGUGUGAGUUUCAUUGUUCACUCAGGAGUCAGGCCGGAGGUAUUCUUC